UUGCAGAAAGCAGAUUUGACAUCCGGUUUGAAAGAAAUCGAGAAAAAAGCGUCAAGCUUGGAGCAAGCUUAUGCUCAGACCAACAUCGCUUUGGAAGAAGCGCAAGAAAGGAACAGAGCGCUUGAAAGUACAAUCAACGAUCUGAAGACAAUAGAGGAAAAUUCAAACAGGAAGAUUGUGGAAUUGACGAAGAUUGUCGAGGAAGAACGUGCGCAGAGCUCUCAAGUGGAGAAAAACACGGAAAAAUUAGAAGUGGAGAGGAAACAAUACUUAGAGAGUAUGACCGCCGAUCGCCAGAUGAUUGAAAAACUACAGAACGACUUGAAAAACAAAGAUGAAGAAAUUAAUGCAUUGAAGGCUCGUUUGACAGAGUUCAAAACAAGGGCAAAGUCUGAAUGCACAGAAUUAAAGGAGAAAUUGGAGAAAGCUAACAGUGCAAAUGGAAGACUAGAUGAGAAGCUGUUACAGAUGACAGAGGAGAACAGUGUCCUUAAGAGAAAACUUGAAGAAGAUUCUGAGCGUCUGACCAAAAAAGUGCGAGAAUUGAAUGUUGAGUUGAAGAAUAAACAAACUGAACUGGAAAGAGCAAGAGAGGAAGUUGGAAACUGCAAGCAAAUGAUUAAGGAAGUGGAAGGAGCCAAAGCAGAAAUAUUAAGGGAUGCAACACAUGAAGCAGAGUUGCUAGGCAACACAAUGGAAAAGCUUCAAGGAGAUGUAAAAGAAAAGCAAGAGCUCAUCCAUCAACUUGAGUGUGAACUGGAAGAUGCUAACUCCCAGCUUGCUCAGGAAACGGGCAAGGCUACUGCUUUGGAGGAAGACUACGAGUCUGUAAUCAGGGCACUGCAUGACCAACUGGAAGGAGAGAAGGCCUUAAAUCAAUCCCUGUGUUCUCAGUCUGAUCGCAACCUAGCCAGUCUCCAGGCUCAAGUACAAAAGCAGCUGGAGGCCAACAUGGAGCUGAGUCAGCAGCUCGAGGGAAAAAAUGCCGAAAUGAGGGGGCUGUGUGAAGAGCUGGAUCACUGCAAGAAGCAGCUGCAAUCUGCUGAGGAGAAGGCCCAAAUAACUUCAGUCAAACUAAGUUCUGUCAGUGCUGAAGUCAGUGCACUAAAGAUAGAUAAGGAGACUCUCCAGACAACAUUAUCAGAUACUCAAGGGGCAAGUGUGCAAUCAACCAGAAACUCGGCUGCUUCCAUGCAUGCACUCAAGACUGCUCACUCUCAUCUGGAAAAGAAAUACUUGAAAGUAAAAAAGGAGAUGGAUGAAAUGUGGAGGGAAAGAAAUGAGCUUAAGAGGACCAUUGCAAGUUUCCAAGGAAGUGUCCCAUCAGAUGACCUGCGUCUUCAACUCGAAGAACUGAGGGCAACCAAUGAAGAUUUGCGCAUGAGACUCAAGAUGGGAGAAGAAGCAUUCAAGGGAAAAUUUGUGGAGUGCCACAGAUUGCAAGCACAGUUGAACAAACUAAUGAAGGGCUCAACAGUGCAAUUGUCAGAAGAUAACUCACCACCAGAGAUGCAGACUCAGGUUACCAUGCUGCAGAAGGCUUUGGAGGAGGAAAGAAAAGCAUUAGAGAGAGAAAAAAAUACAGUGUCACAGAAGAAUGAGCAAAUACAUCAGUUGAUGUUGGAGAUUUCUGAGUUGAAAGUUCAAGUUCCAGGAAUUGAAUGUUCAGAGCUGCAGAAAACCAACCAGAUUGAGCAAAUCCCAGUUGUACAAGAACUGCUUGCAAAAGUGGCUGAGUUGGAGAGAAUCUUGGAAGAUGAAAAACUGGAAAAACAAAUUGUCAUCGAAGAGAUAGUUAACCUACAAGGGGAAUUGAAAAGGAAGGAUGAAGAGAUACAAAAUGCUGCAGAGAAUCUUCAAAGCACACAAGAGGCACUCUCCAAAGAACAGGCAGAGAGAGAGACACUUGGUGAGGAGGCAAGAAUGAAGAUCCAGGAACUUGAGGCCAGUGAGAAGAAGCUUGUUCUGAAGAACAAAGAGCUCUCAAGAGAAGUGGAAAGAUGGAAAAAAGAAGUUGACCUCUAUGUAGAAGCAGAAUCCAGACUGAUGGAAAAUAGAUCUGAAGACACAGAGGUAACCACAGAACAACCACAACCUCAAGCAGCAGGAGAACAAACUCCUACAUCAGUUUCUACCAACUUCCCAAAGCGUGGACCCUUUCAUGAAAUCAUCAGUCGUCUUGUUCCUUCAGCGCCAGUUCCAGGCACCCCUCAGCCUUGGGUUUUCGUCCAACACCAACCCGAACCAAGGCCUCAAAGCUCUCCAGUUGCAGUUCCUCCUCAGGCUUCUCCUCAUGUCCCUUCUCAGGUCCCUCCUCAGGUCCCUAUCCCAUACCCUACUCAGUACCCUACUCAAUACCCCACUCAGUACCCUACUCAGAUGCCCCUUUCUGCAUCAGAGCCCCAGCAUCCAACUUCCCCUCCUCCAAGUGCCCCUGCACUGACUGCAGCCUCUGCACCUUCUGUUCUGGAACCAGAAGUGUCACAAUGUCCGGUUUGUAAGGCUCUUUUGCCUCCAAGUGUUGACAUGGAUGAGCAUGUUAAUGGCCAUUUCAGUGAUUGAGUUGUUUUGGUAUAUUUUCAGGUACUUUUAAGAAGUAAUUAGCACUUGCAAUGAUAAUAAUGAUCAGUAGCUUUGAGCUAAUUAAGAGCAGUAUAAGUUGUAGUAAUGUGGACAACAUUAGAUAAUGGUCAAACCAUUGCAUUCAGAGGUUGGUUAGUUUAGGGGGGGUGUGGGAAAACAGGGUACUGUUUAGAUGAAAAACUAUACAAUUACUUUUAACUCUGAGGAUUGCAGCACAACUGGUUAUGAGUUGUUCAUAGCAUGGAAGGCCUAGCUGCUUUUUUCAUAGUUUGAUAGUAGUAAGCAAUGGCCACCAUAUUCCUGGUUGAGCUCAUGCUGCCAAUCACAAAUUUUUUUCUCCACAAUGAAUUUGUCAAUCAUGGAAAAUCAGAUCUGAGCAUGUCGAUGUUGCUGCACCUUGCAAUGACUCUGAUGUUGUUCAAGGCAACCAUGAUGGCCUAAAGAAGGCAAAAAGUGUAACGAUUAUUAGGCCAGGAUAUCCAAAAAAGAGAAGAUAAACUAGGAACAAAAAAAAAUGAUCUUUUGUUAUGAUCCAGCUUUUCCCAUUCACAUGAAAACAAUUAAAUUUUCUUUAAAAUGAAUUGCCUAGUGUGACUUAUGAGCUUGGGCAAACUUGGCAGUAUUUGGAUAUAACUUCAAAGAGAAUUAACCAGUAAAUUUCUUUUGUUAUUAGUUUUUGUACUACAUAAUGAGUAUGUUAUUUGAAACUGAGGUGAAUGAUUUCUUAUUUUAUUACAUUUAACCCACAUAAAUCAAGUUUUUUUUAAGGGGUGUGUGAAUUAGAUAUAAAACAUUUCAUCACUCCAAACUGAGAGGAAACAUCAAUAGAUAGAUUCAAACAGAGCACUCAAACAACUCUUCUGAGAAACUACAGGUGUAUAUACUAGCCAUGCAAUUUACACAACCAACUUCAAGGUGGUUUCAUUGAAAAGCUUGCUAAUUGAUAAUUAAUCAUUGCAUAUACAUUCAGUAAAGUGUGACUUUGUCCAUUGUAGUCAUGACAACUUUUUUUUGUCCUAAUUGUUUUUUGUGACUCAACCAUCACCAUUUGUAUCACUGACACAAUCAGGGUAUCUGACCUGAACUUCUUUAAAAUGGAAGUUUUUAGCUCUGGACUUGAAUAACUGUGUGAAUCUCAAAUAUAUCAGUUGUAUCCAGCAUGUAAUUUUCACUAAUCCCUUAAGUUGUUUUAUCAGUCAUAUAAAAAAAAUUGCAUGUUGAAAGUUGGGAACUUCAGCACAGAUAUUUUUGGCAAUGUGGAUAUAAGUGGAAGGAGAAUGCAAACUUCUCAUGGCUUGCUUUUUUAAUUAAUAAAUCAGUUGGAGAGGCCUAGUCUUAGCAGUUUGAACAUAACCCCUGCCAAAAAUAAAUAGAUAAACAAUCUGCAGCUUGUGCAAGGGAAAAAAACCCUCAACUUUUAGUUGCCAUUGACCCCUCAAAAAUGUCUGUGUUAAAGCUCCUCAACACUAGUUCUGUAAUCUGUCUGUUCUUUAAGAGUGAUUACUUUUAUGUGUCACUAAAAGGGCAAAUGGUGUAAACAGUGUUUUGCCCUGUGAACACUACUGUGUAGAAUUUUCUUCAGGGGUAGCCUUUGGGGGAAAUUCCUUUGUUCAUGGUGAGACUAACCACAAAAUUAAGGGAAAAAAAUUUACUCCAGUGUAAGCAAAUACUGAGGUGAAUAUUGUAGAAACAAAUUCAAGUUUCUGCACUCUAUGCGAUGAUCCAUAGGUGGGCUUUUAUAAGAGAUGGCUUAUAGGAAGUGGUUUAAUUGAGUAAAUUGUUGAAGUGAAUUUUUUAGUUAAUAUGUAGGCAUGUAAGGAGGUCAUGACUAUCAAUUUUGUUUCAAAGUGCCUUGUAUAACUCCAAAAGAACAAAGCAAAAAUUGAAGGUGUGCAUGGAAAAACUGUGCAACUUUGGAGACUGUUUAAUUCUGUUUCUAAACUGUCCAUUAUUUCCUUGUGAAGCACAAGGAGAACUUGACGUGGCAGCAGUGUUUAUUUCAUGCAUCUUUACUAUUAGUGAAAAGUCUUUAAUUAGUAACAGUCUUUAACAAAGCAUGUGUGCAUGAAUUUAAGGUAAAGGCCAUUUGCAUUAUAUCUCAAUUCUCACCAAUCAUGGCAUACACAUCUCUAUUAAUUUGACAUAAUGAGAUUUUGAAGUCUUGAGUAAUUUUUGGCUGGAACACGGAUCUGAAACAUAUCUGUGCAAUAUUUGAAGAUGUCAACCUCAGAACAGCUGCCCAUGAUAAAGAUAUCAUGUGGACUAGUAUAUAAAUAAGAAUAGGUAAUAACCUUAGUAGUCAUGAAUGCCACAAUUGCUUUCUUUAUGAGCAGAUCACAACAUUAAUCAUCUUUAGCCAUCUCCAUUACAAGGAUGGCCCACUUGGGCUACACAGCAUCUCAAGAUGUGUUUGGCAGGUAGAAAGCCUCUCCCUGCAAAUAUCAUUGUCUCACCCAACACACUUGCAACUUUCUGGUUCUGUGGGUGUUGUGAAGAUAACAAGAAACAGUCAGAAAGACUGUUACAAAAAUGUCAUCUGGCAAACCUGGUGAUCUUAUUCAGGCCUCGAUUUGCAACUGAAUACUUUUGGAAAGGAGUGUCUGUUCUUACUUAUUAGGUCUGGGAAUAAAGGGUGGGUAGUAUUCUAAAAGUGGGUCUGAUUUCUCGAGAAUCGUGGUACUUUACCUUCUAUAAAUAUUUACUAAGUAGCUUCAAGAGAAAACAGCUUCAGCAGCAGUAAUGCUUGUGAAAGUGAAAGUGAAACUGCAUACGUUGUCGGUGUUAUCGAACAGAAUUAAAUAAAUGUAAAUAGUAUAUUGAGUCGAUAUAAGCUGUAUUUAGGGCAUAAUUUGUAAUGUAAUAAUUUGGUUGCUCAGGGCAUUUAAGUAAUUGACUGUAUCCCUUGUACGUUUUGACUGAUGAUAGUUGCCAGUUUAGUUAACUAAGCCUUAAAAAUGACCAGUGUUAAAUUUCUCCUCACCAUAAUACUGCAAAAUCAUUUUUUAAAGAUCACGAGAAUUAAGGAAAUAAUUGCCAACUUAAGAAGCUUUGAUUGUUAAACAAAUUCUCCUUUUCAGAAUCAAAGGAAAUGUCUAGAAAAGAGUAUGGAGAAUAUGAGUAUUGGUCUUAGUGUGUAAAGGGUUAACUUGUAUACUGGCAGAGAAGAAAAUGCUUUUUAUAGUUAUAUUCUUUCCUUUGCUUUGUAGCCCUCUUGUCAACAGCUCGUUACGUAGAUAGUGAUCCAAUGCUGUUUUGUUCAGCUAUGAUGAGUAGUUUCGUUAUUGUUCCAUCAGUUGUACUCAGCUAGAUUUGUGAUUCAUCGCUCGACCUAUUAAUUUUAUUAACCUAUAAAUAAUAAACCUAUUCCUGUGUACGCUACAGGUAAAUUAAAAAAAAUCUGAUUAACCUGAA